UACAACACCUUCGUUAAAGCCAUGGCCAUCCCUCCUUGUGUGCUUCUUCUCACCAAUCUGCUUACUAUCUUCCUCCUUCCAGUGGCCUCUUCAUCUGAUAUUAAUAUUAUCACACAAUCUCAGCCACUUGUUGAUGAUGGAAGAACCACCUUAGUGUCUGACAAUGGAAAGUACGAAGUGGGAUUUUUCGGCCCAGGUAGCCGUCCACAUCGCUAUAUUGGAAUCUGGUUCAAAAGCAAAACAGUAAGAACUGUUGUUUGGGUUGCCAACCGUGAAAACCCAAUGAAACACAGUUCAGGAAAGUUUAUCAUAAACAAAGAGGGAAACCUAGUACUUGUGAACAAUAAUGACACACUUGUUUGGUUGGCGAAUUCAACAGGAAAGGCAUCGAGUCCAAUUGUCCAACUUUUAGGCUCUGGAAACUUGGUACUAAGAGAUGAGAAAGACCAGAAUCCAGAAAACUACAUGUGGCAGAGUUUUGACUAUCCUUCUGAUACAUUAUUGCCAGGAAUGAAGGUAGGAUGGAACCUAAGAACUGGUCCUAAUCGGUAUUUGACAGCAUGGAAGAACUGGGAUGACCCUUCUGCAGGAGACUUUAGAAGCGAGCUCAUGCUUCACAAUUUACCAGAAAAGGUUUUCUGGCAAGGGCUCACAGAAUAUUACAGGAUAAGCCCUUGGAAUGGUGUUUCAUUUAGUGGUUCUUCUGCAGUGAACAGCAAUAUAGCGUUGGUAUCCAAAGGAUGAGGUCUACUUUCAUGUACACUCCCAACAAUGAGUCUGAGAUUUUUAUAGAUGUC